AUGGAAUUUGGAAGCAUAUUGCACUUUCUUGAGGGAAGAACAAUUUUAGUCACUGGUGCCACUGGUUUUCUUGCAAAAAUUUUUGUGGAAAAGAUAUUGAGAGUUCAACCAAAUGUGAAGAAAUUUUAUCUUCUUUUGAGAGCUAAUGAUUCUGAAUCUGCUGCUCAACGUUUCCGCACUGAGAUCAUAGGAAAGGACUUGUUUAAAUUGGUGAAGGAAAAUCAAGGUUUAAAUUUCAACUCUUUUGUCUCUGAAAAGUUGACUCUUGUGCCUGGAGACAUUUCUCAAGAAGGCUUGAAUUUGAAGAAAUCCAUUCUAGAAGAAGAGAUUUGCAAUCAAGCAGAUGUUAUAAUCAACUUAGCUGCAACAACAAAAUUUGAUGAAAGGUACGAUGUUGCUUUGGGUAUAAACACAUUAGGAGUCAAACAUGUUUUGAGCUUUGCCAAAAAAUGUGUUAAUCUAAAGGUGCUUGUGCAUGUGUCAACAGCUUAUGUGUGUGGUGAGAGAGGAGGACUCAUAUUAGAGGAUCCUCAUCCCUUUGGAGUGUCACUAAAUGGAGUACAAGGACUAGACAUUGAUAUGGAAAAGAAAUUGGUGGAGGAGAAACUGAAUCACCUCCAAGCAAAGGGAGCAACUGAACAUGACAUUAAAGUUGCCAUGAAAGAUUUGGGUAUUGAAAGAGCAAGUGAAUAUGGAUGGCCAAACACAUAUGUGUUUACAAAAGCAAUGGGAGAAAUGCUUGUUGAAACCUACAAGGAAAACAUGUCUGUUGUUAUUGUUCGUCCUACCAUUGUUACUAGUACUUAUAGAGAACCUUUCCCUGGUUGGGUUGAAGGCUUAAGAACCAUAGAUAGCAUAGUUGCUGCUUAUGGUAAAGGAAAAUUAACAAGCUUCAUGGUAGAUCUCGAUGCAGUUAUCGACGUGAUACCAGCAGACAUGGUGGUGAAUGCAAUGCUAGUAGCUAUGGUGGCUCAUGCAAAUCAACCUAGUGAUAAUUUCAUAUAUCAUCCGUGGAUAAACAAGGAAGGAAAAGCUGUUAAGGUUGGCAAAAUCACAAUGUUUAGCAGCGCUGCUAGCUUCAAGAGAUACAUGUUCAUACGUUACUUGCUUCCUUUAAAGGGACUAGAGUUGGCAAAUUCAAUUUUAUGCCAAUAUUUUCAUGGAAUAUAUCAUGAACUUAACAGGAAAAUCAGUACUGUUAUGCGGUUGAGUGAUCUUUAUCUUCCUUACUUGUUCUUCAAUGGCAUAUUUGAUGAUAUGAAUACUGAAAAGUUGUUAUUAGCUGCAAAACAAGGAGGUGUUGAAACAAAUAUGUUUUACUUUGAUCCUAAGAUUAUUGAUUGGGAUGAUUACUUCAUGAAUAUCCAUUUUCCUGGAAUCUUCAAGUAUGCAUUCAAGUGA